AUGUCCGUAAAGCUUUCGGCUUUAGCAUCUCCGGGAAGAAUCCCCGCGUGGGUCAAUCUCGCCGCGCGCUUUUCCUCGGUCCCUUGCGCGGCGGUCGGCGUCGAAAUCGCCCCGGAAAGCGACCGCAACCCCCCGAAAGCGCCGGACUUCGAGACUAAUCUCAAGCUCUUGCGAGACAGGCUCGCCCCGGAGAGCUUGAUCCGGGUUCUCGACAGCGCCGGCGACGUGGAAUCUGCGGUGAAGGUGUUCAAAUGGGUCUCCCUCCAGAAGGCGUUUCGCCACACCGCCGAUACGUACUCCGCGAUGAUUCUCAGGCUCGGUAUGGCCGGGCAAGUUCAAGAAAUGGAUGGGUUUUGUCAGCGCAUGAUGACGGAUGGAUGCGUGGGGGUUGAAGCUGAGGCUGCUCUCGCCUCGCUGGUUUCACUGGUUGAUCAGUUCGUGAGGCGUGGUAAGCUCGAUGAGGCGAUGCGGGUUCUCGCGAGCAUGAACUGGGGUGAUUAUAGACCCGCUAUAGAUGUGUUCAAUGCUGUGCUGGGUGCUCUUGUGGGGGAGAAGAGGAAAUUGAGGGAUGUUAUGUUUGUGUAUAAAGAAAUGGUCAAAGCAGGGAGAAUACCGACGGUUGAGACUUUGAAUUAUUUGUUAGAGGCUCUGCUUGAGGCUGAUUUGGUUGAUUCUGCUUUGGAUCAAUAUAGAAGAAUGGACAAGAAGGGGUGUACUCCAAAUAGCAGAACCUUCGAGAUACUUGUUAAGAAUCUCCUUGCCAAAAACCGAGUGGAUGAAUCGUGUACGGUGUUGUGCGAGAUGCUUGAAAGGGGGACUGAGCUGGAUUUAGGUUUUUAUUCCCAUGUCAUUCCUGUUGUUUUAAGUGAAAAUAAGCUGGAGGUAGGAAUGUGCUUGUUCAAGAAGAUGAAAGCUUCUAAUUUUCCCCCUGAACCAGUGAUUUACAAUAGUGUUAUCCAUCAUUUGUGCAACAACUCUUUGGUUGAAGAGGCGAAGGACCUUCUCGACAGUAUGAUAGAUUGUGGUGUUGCGCCCUCAGAUGACGCAUUUGAGGAUAUCGUAAAUGCUUUGUGUAUGUCUAGGCAAUUAGACGAGGCAAUAGAGUUUUUGGAAGACAAACAAGUUUCUGCAACCUCUGCUUACAAUAGAUUGCUGGAAGGUUGUUGCAGUGCUGGAAAAGUUUUAUUGGCAAAAGAACUGUUUGAGAAAAUGUCUCAUAGGAAUAUAGUUGAUUGCUAUACCUGGAAUAUUUUGAUCAGAUGGCUUUGCGAGCACUCCAGGUUUAGAGAAGCUCUUGGAUUUCUCGGCAGGAUGUCUGUUAGUGGUUUUAUUCCUAAUUCCCUCACAUUUUCAGCUCUUGUUGUUGGCUGUUGUAAAUUAGGAAAGUAUGAUGAUGCAUUUGAGAUUUUCAAUCACGUCUGUGCCAAGUGUUAUAUUUUGGACUCUCUCUCUUACUCUAAGCUAGUUGAAGGUCUUUGCCAGGAGAGGAAGACUCUAGAGGCGGCUGAAGUGUUUAAUUACAUGGCUGAGAGUGGAGUUCCUCUUGAAUCUUGCUCAUUUAGUAAGCUGGUUAAAGGUGUCUAUGACACAAAAGGUGUUGAUGAGGCAUUAAAUGUUAGAAAAUUGGCCAUGAAAUGUGGUACCAUGUGUACAAGUGAUGCAUACACCAUCAUAUUGCACUGGUUGGCUAGGAAAGGCAGUGCUAAAUAUGUUCUGGCCAUGUACUCACUCAUGCUGGUAGAGGGAUGCAUAAUUUGUGCGGAAGCUUAUUGCAUCCUCAUAAACACCAUGAUCUUGCAGAAUCGGAUGAAAGAUGCUGCAUCUCUGUUCAAUCUGAUGAUUAGUGAAGGUUCCUUACCUGAAACAGAUGUCUUAUCUGAGUUAGUGUCUCAUUUUGCCAAUUUUUCUCGGUUAAAUAUGAUCUCUGAUGCGAUUGAUAUAGUUGUCUUCAAUUAUGAUAUUCUAGAUUCAGAUACAUACAGCUUACUGAUUAAUGGCUUUUGGAAAGAGGGUAACAAGAGCAAAGCUCAACAGUUUUAG